AUGGCUACCCUAGACCUCGGCGACCAGCCUGACUCCUUACUCUUCAAUCUUGACCCAACCGCGCCGCCCAUACGACCAGCCGCCGGCAGCCCUGACCAACCAGACGAAUCUGUUCAUCGUGGUUCCAAGCAAUGGCGCCGCGACCUAGGUGACCCGCCGUCCGCCAACACUCUCAAAGCGCUGCAGAACAGCACGGCGAACUACACCGCCUUCGUCAACUCGGACGCCUGCGAAGUUCCACAGCAGUGGAUCCACGAAGACAUCAACCAACCUCUCACCAAGCAACAUCUGGUGGCUACUGCACUAGAAGCUGUUGUAUGGCAAGUUCGCGACGACCCUCGAGGCCGCACAACUUGGAGUGAAUGGACCCACUUCUCAUGUGACUGCCAAGCUGGCUCUUAUGGAAUGUGCCCUAUCAUCCGCCCAGUUGAGCUCGAAAUCAAGAGAACUCAACCAUUCACGUCCAUCGGCUCGCUAAAGAGCAACGCUGCGUGCGUUACGAGCUCAAAGCAAUGUUCCAGUGGCGUUCGGGGUGCACCAGUCGGCGUACUCUUUCACUUUCACUGUGGUGGCUUGGCACUUAACACACAAAUUCUUCGAAGCAAGGAGGACCUUGCCAUGGGCAUCGCCAACGCCAUUGUUCUAUACGACAAAAGCAAGGUGCAAGCGACGAAGCAGCGCAACAGAGACGUCCUGUUGUACUACAUGCGAGCUCGAAUAUACUACAACAUCAAGCCAGACGAGUCUGUGAGGUUCCGGAGAGACUACGGAUAG